UCAAUCCUCGACGCACGGAAGCUCCGUCAGCGACACGUCCGUCGACAGGAUGAAGUGAAAGUGACGGUGACUCACGGGACGAGUCGCUCUCGGAGCGUCACUUCCGCGUUGUGACUCAUCGGCUCCUGAACUAAUCGGCCCGAGACGCGACGAGCGACUUGUGCAGCGGAGAGACUCGGAAACGUGUUGGUAGUUUGGGGCUGAAGUGCGGGUGAAGGAGACGCGAGCGGCCCUGGAGGAAGAGUCGUCGUCGUCGUCGUCCCAGGCAUGAGGAGGAAGAGGAAGGCGGAAGUGAUCAUGGGAGCAACUCAGAGCCUCGAGCCCGCCGCGCGGCGCGUGAAGCCGUCAGCAGAUCCACCGUCCUGCUCGUCGUCGACCGGAGACCUGUCCUGUGUUCCUCUGGAGAUCCUGGAGGAGAUCUACCUGAACCUCCCUCCAGAUCAGGUUGUCUGUACUUGUAAGCUGGUCUGCCACCAGUGGAAAGACGUGGCCGACAGCGAAUCUCUGUGGAGAGAGCGAUGCAGGCGAGAAGGGUAUCGCCUCAGGGAUGCUUCCAAAAUACCCAAAGACUGGAGGUUGUUUUACUUCUUGUGCAAGAAGAGGAGAAACCUCCUCAAGAACCCGAGAGCAGAGCUGAACAUGGAGGGUUGGCAGAUUCUGGAGAAUGGUGGCGACCGGUGGAAAGUCGAGGGAGUUAUGGUGCCGCAUCCAGUCGAUACAGUCCAGCAAAACUUUGUGACCUCUUAUGGGAUGUGCAAGAAGGCCCAGGUGAUCGAUCUGGAGAAGGAGGGCUACGGCCCAUCGUUCAUGGAUCACUUCCAGCCGGACAUCAGAAUAUCUGACUGGUACGCUCCGCGAUGGGACUGCGGCAGCGAGUACGAAAUCUGCGUGGAGCUGCUGAAUCAAAGGAAGAGGCCGAUCCACACGUUCGCUCCGGAGCCCUCUACCUUUGAGCAGUGGAACGAUCAGAAGUGGAAUCAGAUGACCCAUGUUUUCCAGAACUAUGGAGCCGGUGUGAGAUUCAUCCGUUUCUGCCACGGAGGCAAGGACACGCAGUUCUGGGCAGGAUGGUUUGGAAUCCGUGUCACUGACAGCUGCGUGGAGAUCUGUCCGGCGGUGGACACAUAGUCCUCUGGGUUCAUCGAGCGUUCAGCUGCUUCCUGUUUGCCUUAUACACACUCUGGUUAUUUUAUCUUAUAGUUAAAACGCUAUGACAUAACCUCCUUGUACCGCACCUUGAGUAAACAUCUAAUACUGUACAUGUAGAUUAAAAAUCAUCUGAAGAUAUUAUCUGAAGCCAUUUUGAAGUGAAGGCAGAAACAACUACAAGUAGUUUGUUUGAUAAGCAAAGAGCCAUUUUAAAUCCUGAUACGCAGCAAAGACGUCACAGAGACUCUCAGGUUCCAAACACUGAAAAACGUCCACAUUCCUGACUGAACCCUAUUCGGUGUUUUGUGAUUUUCGUCUGGUUCUGACGAGUUGCUGGGGGACAGGAAGCCAUGAACAGUUUGGAAGAACAGGCUCUGUGAUUGGUUCUUCUGUUUGUUUGCCUCCCAGUUGUUUUCAUUGGAAACUGGUGUGAUCAUAUUUGUAUCUAUAUGAAGGAACCAGAAGUGAUUCUGUCUUGUCAUGUUGUUAUAACACUGCAGCACUUCUCUCUCCUCCAGCGGCCAUGAUGGAAAUCAGAUAUUCUUUGCACUGCUCUGUAAUGUGGAAAAUUUAUGAUACUAAACAUUGUUUUUUUGGCACAAAUAUUUAUCCAUUUGAAAUGUGUGCUUUCACACAUCUCGUCCCUCCGUCAUCAAGUCCAUAACCUCUGUAUUAUUCACGACAGACAACGUGUAGUAUUUGAACUUUAAGUUUAUUCAUGAUACUGUUUUUAUUGUGACGUCAUCACAAGCGAGAUACAGAACAACUCUGAUGGCAAACGGAAUAAAAAUCAUAGUCCAAGAAA